UUUCAGAUGCACUAUUAAGAGAAUUUUUCAUAUAUCGUGCUUGUGACGGUCAAGAUGCUAUACGAGUCUUAAAAAUGCUUAAAAAAUUACCUGAUUUAAUACUUAAUAUCAUAAUGCCAAACAUGAAUGGAUAUGAGUUAUUAAAUAUAUUAAGAUCUGAUGUAAAAACUCAACUCAUUCCUGUAAUAUUACUAUCUGCAAAAGCUUCUGAAGAUUCUAAAAUCGAAGGCCUAGAUAAAGGAGCAGAUGAUUAUUUAACGAAACCAUUUUCUGCUCGAGAACUAAUUACUCGUAUUCGCACUAAUAUUGAACUUUCACAUCUUCGUCGUAAAAUAUUAUUUAAUCAAUAUAAGCAAGAAGAUAUAAAGCAAUUAUUUCUUUCAAUAACGAACAAGUUUCUUCAUGAAUGUGAUCUAAAUAAAACAUUACAAUAUAUUGCUAAAGAAAUUUACCGUAGAUUAUCCUGUGAAAAAAUAUUUAUUAUUUCAAAGGAACAAUCUAAUAAUAAAAUAGUAGUUCCAUGUGAAGAAGAUUCAAAAUAUUUAAUACCAAUAAUUAAUCCAUUCUCUCAAAUAGGCGAUAACGACCAAAGUAAUUCACAAACAUUCAACAAGUUACGAGGAUUUUUAAAUAAAAAUUCAGGAAUUGACAUUUCUUUAGAUGUAUAUUGUGAUGAUGUUGGUAAAAAUGUAUCUACUUUAUCUGUAGAAAUAAUAUCGAAUGAUGGUUUUUGGGGAUGGAUAAAAUUAUAUAGAUCUCAAAAUUCUAUUUGGCUCGAUUCGGAAAUAGAAUUAUUGCAACAAAUUUCGAAUCAUAUAAGUUUAACAAUUACUUAUGCAUGCUUAUUAAAAGAGAAUGCAAAAAAAGCAAUUCAAAUAGAAGCUGCUGAAAUUGCAAAUAAGACAAAGAAUCAAAUUUUAGCAAAUACUUCUCAUGAAUUACGGACACCACUAAAUGCGAUAAUUGGCAUUACUUCAACUUUCGAAAAUGCUAACUUAAAUACUGAUCAAAGGGACAUGGUUAAUAUAAUAGCAAGUGGUGCUGAUAUCGUAUUAUCAAUAGUAAAUGACAUUCUUAAUGUCGCAAAAUUAGAGGCGAAAAAAAUUUUUCUAAUAAAUAGAACAUUUGAUUUAUUAGAUUUACUUGAGGACACAAUUGAUACAUAUGGAAAAAAGGCUGGAACAAAAAAUAUUGAACUAAUUGUAAAUUGUGAGGUAGAAACGUUGCCAAGAUAUGUUAAGAGUGAUCCUGAGAGGUUAAAACAAGUUAUAUCUCAUUUAUUAUCAAAUGCAGUUAAAUUUACUGAUGAAGGUGAAAUCGUACUGAUAAUUUCGAUGCAAUCACGAGAAUUAAUUGAUGAAAACAAAGAGAAUCCGACUUAUGGCCAAAUUGUUGGAAGAGACAAUCUACUGAUCGAAUUAUGUGAUACUGGCAUUGGCAUAGAUUCCAAAGAUAUACAAGAUAUUUGGAAAAGCUUUUCACAAGUUGACAUGUCAAUAACUAAAAAGCAGGACGGCACUGGACUUGGUCUCUCAAUUUGUAAAAGUUUAGUAGAAAUUAAUGGAGGUGAAAUUAAUGUAAAAAGUGAGUUGGGAAAAGGCAGUAAAUUUUCGUUUACAUGGAAUAUCGAACGAAUAUCGAUGACAAAUUUACCAAUAGGGACUCAAUUUAAUAGACAAAUAAACUAUGUAUUGCCUAGUGCUUUAAGAAAAAAACGAAUACUAAUAAUUUACCCAGUAGAAGGUGUGAGAAACUCAAUAUUAAAAUAUCUUAAUAGGGUUGAAAGAGUUGAUACAUUCGAUACCUUUGAAAAAGGUAUUAGAGCAGCAAAAGCAUAUAAAGAAUUAUAUGAUCAAUUUGCUUAUGAUAUAGCUUUCAUCGGCCUUUAUGAAAAUAACAAGGAAAAAGUUAUAAAUUCAGUGUUAGAGUUAAAGCAAUUGGAAGUUAAUAGUAAUAGUUUAGUAAUAAUAUUUAUAGCAUUUCCAAGUGAUAAAGGAAUUAAGUUAGUAAAUGAAAUAAUUGGAAAAGUUGUAGGAAUAAUUUCCGUUAUUUAUACUCCAAUUACAUGGAACAAGUUAAUUAUUCAACUUAUGAAUAUCGAAAAAAACAAUACUAGUAACAAAAAUAAUAAGA